AUGGUCGCUUGCCCUCUGGUGUUGAGGAAAAAAACAUGUCGCCUUUUCUUCAGCCCUGAGCAGCCGCGCCGCCAGAGCUCGCGAACCUUGCCGCCACCUCGACUCCUCCGUGUCCGGUGCGCCGCUGGAGCAUCCGUCGCCUGCCGGGACAUCGGGACGUCGCCGGCAUGCGGAACGAAGCCGCCCCAACUGGAUCCACGCCCCGCCAUCGCCCGCUCUCCCGCCAUCCUUCCUCACCUCGAAUUGGUCGCCGGUAGACGUCGUUGCCAGAUCCUAGCUUGGUCGCCCGCUGGAAGAUCCAGCACCCUAUGCCUUGCCACAUCGCGCCUCUCACCGUCGAGGGCGGCAGGAACGACGGAGUCAUGCAUGUGUCGGCUCCUAUGUGGUGCGUGUGGAGCCACCGGCUCGCGGAACGGCUGCAGGCCUGGAGCGCCCCCUGCCUCGAGCGGCACGCAUGCAUGGUUGGUGGUCGAGACAUCAGAGGAGCUUCAGCAGAGAAACAAGGCCGCCGAGCCAAAUUUGGUGAACCAGGCUGCCAAGUUUGAGAUAUUCUGCUAAUGAUAGGAAGCAUGGUUUAAAACUGCUCUGGCUAGAGUUGUAUGCUUUGUGACUGAAGACUAGAGCCUUGUGUCAUGGUGACUUGCAGCCACUCCUGAUGGUCCUACCACCCAGCUUUUACUCUCUCGAAUUUCCUUAUUUUUCAUAUUAACACUGGUAUUGGGGUCAAUCUAUGUUGUUUACUGCUCUAAUCAAGCUAUUGCUAGGAUUCCAUGUUUCCUACAUUGUAUUAUACUGAUCCUUAGUAAUUCAACCUACAUUGUAUUAUACUGGUCAUUAGUGGAAUGUUGAUUCUGUGAUAAUCUUAAUACAUCCAUGGCUGUUGAGGAAAUAGGGAAAUGUAUAAACUGGUGAAAUAUCACACAUUAACCUCCUCUUAGAUCUGGACUAAGAUCAUAUGGGUUCGGCCGUGCAUGUCCAUACACAGUGCAUUGGGUUAAUGUGCCUGAAGCGUAAGGACUCAUUACAUAUUAACGAAGUGCACAUGUUGAGUUAAAAAAGUGUACAUUUGUUUUUUCUAUUACGAAACAUUUGACUAUGUUUUGUUUUGAUCUUAAUCAAAAUGGUACAGAAGCAAGUCAAGGUUUAGUUACUGUAAUUUUACUUACUGUUAUUUCCACUCUGUUCUCUACAAGAAAAAUAAAUUAUGGAUAAAUUGCAGUGAUAAGCUAUCAAAAAGAGACGUACAUUUACUUAUAUUGCUCAAUAUUCAAUUGAUCGAUUAGUUUUUAGUUACAAAAGUGUGAUGUUUCAAAACUGAAAAACGAACUAUCGGUUUAGUAACUAAUUACAAAACACAACUAAGCAUGGAAAGAAGUAGCUAAUUGUUUUGGCAUCACCUACUUAUGUAAUAUCUAUUCCCGUAUGCACAUUUCUUUAUCUUUUCCAGUUAUGUGACAUGAUUGUCUGAAGUUUAAUGCAACCCUCGAAAUGUUUCUUGACUAAAUGUCUAAAUUUAGUACAACUAGGAUUUUCUUUAUGAGGUUGCAUCAGUAUAUUAUACUGGGCUUUUGAUUCAAAUACAAAUUUCUCCAACUAUCUUUUGUGCCCGGUGUAGUCUCUUCCUCGCGUUGGGGAAUUCAGAUGGUUAUCAGAAUCAAUUGGGGCAUGCUAUCAACAACAUCACUAUUCACAUGGUUGAGGUGGAAAAGCAGCUAAGCCAGACGGUGACCUCGCCCUGGAGAUGGAGGCGAGCCGCAGAGGGCCUUGCUACGACAUUGUGAAGGAAAUCAAUAAUUACUUAUUUCCAGUUUGUUGUUUUAUAAUCGGUAGCACCUGUAUUUACUCAAUAAACGAGAAAGUCCCAUGCAUUGCUCAUGAUCCCCUUUUAUGGGGUUGUAAUCUUGAUGAAGAAAGAAAUGUAUAUUUCCAUUGUAAAA